AUCUUUGCCACCGCGACUUUAUAUCGGAAAAAGAUUAAAGAAACGUUCUUUCUCUUUGUGAUCAGUACAUCAUGAACGACGAUGUAACUGAAAGUCUGGGUCGCUUGAGCCUCGCUACACAUGGCCACCGUCAAAUCAAUACAGUGAUACUCCUUACACACCACCUUUUCUUCGUCUGCCAGCCGAGAUUCGAGUUAUGAUUUAUGAGCAUGCGUUCACCAACGAGACUAUCCAUGUGCAACCAAAAUCCACUGAUCUACUUGGAGGCACAUAUCUCCUGCGACGUAACGGGAUUCCAAGAUACCAGCAAAUCAUCUCUCUUCUGAUGACCUGUAGACACAUCAGAGAAGAAGCGACUCCUACCUUCAACGAGCUGAUUACCUUUGACCUCACACUCUACUAUAACUGCAUGGCGGCCGCGUACGAACUAGGACCCGACAUCUGCCAAGCAAUAAGAGCUAUCAAAGUAGAACCGAGGCUCGCAAAACGUCUAGCUAUAGGGCUCCAACAGGGCGCACCUUCUAGCACCAACUAUAGGCAUUUGUUGCCUUCCCUACGGCGGGUGCAUAUCCAACAGACUUCUAUAUUCGGGCUACUCAGUAUGAGCCCUGACUUGGCUGUGAGAGCACUACGACUGUAUUUUGGACAUAACAACCUCGAGGUCAUAUUUAGUAGGACGUGAGCUCUUCUGCACGACCGAAUGGAACGGUGGAUCAUCGUCUCUACCACU